UGUGGGAUUAACAUCCCACAACUGGAUCAACCACAGUCCUGAGAACAGCUUUGACUACUGUGGUUCCAGGGAGAAACCUUUCCAGGACCCAUGUAUGGGCACAGCUGUUUUCCCUGAUCAGGAUCUUUGCAGCACCCAAGAAACCUAUGAGAAUAUCCCAGGCCAGUCAAAGAUCACAUUCCUCUUACAAGCCAUCAGAAAUACAACAGCUGCUGAAGAGGCUAGACAGAUGGCUGCCGUUCUCCUAAGACGUCUGUUGUCCUCUGCGUUUGACGAAGUCUACCCAACUCUUCCUUCUGAUGUUCAGACCGCCAUCAAGAGUGAACUACUGAUGAUUAUACAAAUGGAAACCCAGUCUAGCAUGAGGAAAAAAAUCUGUGAUAUUGCUGCAGAGCUGGCCAGGAAUUUAAUCGAUGAAGACGGCAACAACCAGUGGCCCGAAGGUUUGAAGUUCCUCUUUGAUUCAGUCAGCUCUCAAAAUAUGGGACUGCGGGAAGCCGCCCUUCACAUUUUCUGGAAUUUUCCUGGAAUUUUUGGGAACCAACAGCAGCACUAUUUAGACGUUAUCAAACGGAUGUUAGUUCAAUGUAUGCAAGAUCAGGAACAUCCAUCGAUCAGGACAUUAUCUGCUAGAGCUACAGCUGCAUUUAUACUUGCAAAUGAGCAUAAUGUUGCUCUGUUCAAGCAUUUUGCAGACUUGUUACCCGGAUUCUUACAGGCUGUGAAUGACUCCUGCUACCAGAAUGACGAUUCGGUCCUAAAGUCCCUCGUUGAGAUCGCAGAUACUGUUCCAAAGUAUUUGCGUCCUCAUUUAGAAGCCACUUUACAGCUAAGUCUAAAGCUGUGUGGAGACACCAGCCUCAAUAACAUGCAGCGCCAGCUCGCCCUUGAAGUGAUCGUGACCCUCUCUGAGACUGCAGCUGCUAUGUUAAGAAAACAUACCAGUAUUGUUGCACAGACCAUUCCUCAGAUGUUAGCGAUGAUGGUAGAUCUUGAAGAGGACGAGGACUGGGCGAAUGCAGAUGAGCUGGAGGAUGACGACUUUGACAGCAAUGCGGUUGCUGGUGAGAGCGCCCUGGACCGAAUGGCCUGUGGACUUGGGGGGAAGCUGGUGCUGCCAAUGAUCAAGGAACACAUAAUGCAGAUGCUCCAAAACCCUGACUGGAAAUAUCGGCAUGCAGGAUUAAUGGCUUUAUCUGCCAUUGGUGAAGGCUGCCACCAGCAAAUGGAAGGAAUCUUAAAUGAGAUAGUAAAUUUUGUUUUGCUUUUUCUUCAGGAUCCACAUCCACGGGUAAGAUAUGCAGCCUGUAAUGCCGUGGGACAGAUGGCGACAGAUUUUGCACCUGGUUUCCAAAAGAAAUUUCAUGAGAAAGUGAUCGCGGCCCUGCUGCAGACCAUGGAAGACCAGGGCAAUCAGCGGGUGCAGGCCCAUGCCGCCGCCGCGCUCAUUAACUUCACCGAGGACUGUCCCAAGUCCCUGCUUAUCCCGUAUUUAGACAAUUUGGUGAAACAUCUACAUUCCAUCAUGGUACUUAAACUUCAAGAGUUGAUUCAGAAAGGCACCAAGUUAGUUCUGGAACAAGUUGUGACAUCUAUCGCAUCAGUUGCAGAUACCGCAGAGGAAAAAUUUGUCCCCUACUAUGACUUAUUUAUGCCAUCACUAAAGCACAUUGUUGAGAACGCAGUUCAGAAGGAACUCAGACUUCUCAGAGGAAAAACUAUUGAGUGCAUCAGCCUCAUUGGUCUCGCUGUUGGGAAGGAAAAGUUCAUGCAGGACGCGUCAGACGUGAUGCAGCUCCUGUUGAAGACCCAGACGGACUUCAGCGACAUGGAGGAUGAUGAUCCCCAGAUCUCUUACAUGAUCUCAGCAUGGGCCAGAAUGUGCAAAAUUCUUGGAAAAGAAUUUCAGCAGUACCUUCCAGUGGUUAUGGGACCUUUAAUGAAGACCGCUUCAAUUAAGCCCGAAGUAGCACUUUUAGAUACCCAAGACAUGGAAAAUAUGAGUGAUGAUGAUGGUUGGGAGUUCGUGAACCUUGGAGAUCAGCAGAGUUUUGGUAUUAAAACGGCAGGGCUAGAGGAAAAGUCCACCGCUUGUCAGAUGCUGGUUUGCUAUGCUAAAGAGUUAAAGGAAGGCUUUGUGGAAUACACUGAACAAGUUGUCAAACUGAUGGUCCCUCUACUGAAGUUUUAUUUCCAUGAUGGCGUUCGAGUGGCGGCAGCAGAAUCCAUGCCUCUUCUCCUGGAAUGUGCGAGAGUUCGUGGUCCUGAGUAUCUCACACAGAUGUGGCAUUUCAUGUGUGAUGCUCUGAUCAAGGCCAUCGGCACAGAACCAGACUCAGAUGUCCUCUCAGAAAUAAUGCAUUCUUUUGCAAAGUGCAUUGAAGUAAUGGGAGAUGGAUGCCUUAAUAAUGAGCAUUUUGAAGAAUUGGGAGGAAUAUUGAAAGCUAAACUCGAAGAACAUUUUAAAAAUCAAGAAUUGCGGCAAGUUAAAAGACAAGAUGAAGACUAUGAUGAGCAGGUGGAAGAGUCACUCCAAGAUGAGGACGAUAACGAUGUUUAUAUUCUGACCAAAGUGUCAGACAUUUUACACUCAAUAUUCAGUAGCUACAAGGAAAAGGUGUUGCCAUGGUUUGAACAGCUGCUCCCGUUAAUUGUCAACCUAAUUUGUCCACAUAGACCGUGGCCAGACAGACAAUGGGGACUGUGCAUCUUUGAUGAUGUCAUAGAACACUGUAGUCCAGCCUCUUUUAAAUACGCAGAAUAUUUCUUAAGGCCGAUGCUCCAGUACGUGUGUGACAGCAGCCCCGAAGUGAGGCAGGCGGCUGCGUACGGCCUGGGGGUCAUGGCGCAGUACGGUGGAGAGAACUACCGCCCUUUCUGUGCAGAAGCACUUCCACUGCUGGUAAGAGUUAUUCAGGCUGCCGAUUCUAAGACCAAAGAAAAUGUCAAUGCCACAGAGAACUGCAUCUCCGCAGUGGGGAAGAUUAUGAAGUUCAAACCGGACUGCGUGAACGUGGAAGAAGUCCUGCCUCACUGGCUGUCUUGGCUUCCACUACAUGAGGAUAAAGAAGAAGCUGUUCAGACUUUCAGUUAUCUGUGUGACCUGAUCGAGAGUAAUCACCCGAUCGUUCUUGGCCCCAACAAUACCAAUCUGCCCAAAAUAUUCAGUAUAAUUGCAGAAGGAGAAAUGCAUGAGGCAAUUAAACAUGAAGAUCCUUGUGCCAAGCGUCUGGCUAAUGUAGUUCGCCAAGUACAGACUUCUGGAGGACUGUGGACUGAGUGCAUAGCACAGCUCAGUCCCGAGCAGCAGGCCGCCAUCCAGGAGCUCCUGAACUCUGCCUGAAGGGCCUUAGUACCACCACCAGAAAAUUUUCAGCACAUUGUUGGCCCAGAAGCUUCAGUAUCCUGCAGAGCCGCAUUGAAUGACGUCACCAGCACAAUCACUGCUUUCCGUGGGUACCCACUGGACUGUUUUGUACCGUGUGUGGGGUAAUCCCCGGAACUACUUCAUACCCUGUAUUCCUGUUGGAGUAAAAUGUGUCAUGACAACUCCUUUGUGCUUUCUUAUGUACAAUAGAGUUUGGAAGGUCGAAUCCUAUACCGAUUUCCAAUUGCAGUUUUGCUGUUGUUUUUAAUUUAAAUUAUUACACUUAAAACAUGUUAAAAAUGUGGCACGCUUGCCUAAGUCGACUUGGAAGUGUGAUCAGAAGAUGGCUGCCUGGCUUUGGAGAAUCCAGUGUCUGCAAAGCUCUGUGCCACACACUUUCGGGUAAGACUCAUAGCUUCUGGUUUAAACACUAAUGGGAAAGUCAGAAGAUGGACAAGUGAAGAGUCAAUAAGAUCAGAAAGAAGUAAAUGAGUGUAAUCCAACUUUGGGCUAGAAAUAGAGGAACAAGUAACCGAAACUGAACUGCGUUCAUCGGGGCAAGGUUGGUACUAAAGCCUGUUACUGUCCAUUGACCCGGAGAUCCAGGGCUCAUAACUAAUUGUUCUUUGGGCUUAUUGGGGGACACAUUUUUAAUACCUCAUUUUAUCUACACAAGAUGAAAAUUCAUGUUUUUUCCUUUUGUACUGAAUUUAGUUGCCUAGUGGCCUUGAGUGUCAGCCAGGAAUGACAUAUUUAAGAACCCAAGCUAUUUCUGGAGGAAAAUCAUGUGUGUGGCUCUUAUCGUUUGCUGGGUAUUUUGUAACAAAGGAUUAAGUUAUCUGCACAAGUGUUAGAAAUUUGUAGCAAAACUAAUUUGGAGUAUUUUUUUAAUGCUGUAAAUUUAAAGAAAAGUAAAUUGUCUUAAAGCUAAUUGGACAUUUCUGUAAUGGGAGGCAGCUUUAUCAUAACUCUGGAGCUGUAGUUUGCCGAACAGAAUCAUCAGUAAAUACAUAUACAAAUAAACAUUCUUGAUGCA